UUGCUGGUUUCCUCGGUUGCUAUGUUCUUGUAACGGAAUUUGUGAACAAUCGUUUUUAUCGCUUAUUUAUUGUGUGUGCCUCUUUGUUCGUGUUCGGUGGCCCCUUGGGUGGCAAGACAGAGGGACGCCUAGAGUACUGUUACCGCUGCAUGCCCAGCGCUGUGUUUUUUUAGAUGGAGAUUCAUACCGAGAGCAGCGGUAUUGAUUCCUCGCCGGACAUGAAUUCCAGCGUCGAGCUCAACCCAUCGCCCGUCCGGUCGGUGGUGAUGCCCCGGAAGCUGACGUUCUGCGAAACGUCCCCGGAAGUGGUCGAACCGCAGCCGGCCACCAUGAAGCAGCCGUCGUCGAUGUCGCCUCCCUACCGGAAGGUGCGAGCGCUGCGACUCUUCGACACGCCGGCCACACCGAAAACCAUCAUCCAGAAGUCGACCAACAAUAUGUUCACUCGGACGGAAUUCGGCCGGCCAAAGAAGGGCUCGGCCUUGGUGGAACGCUACGAUGUGCUGGCCAAACCGAUGGACGCCGAAAUGGCGAUGAUUGCCACGGAGAAGCCACGGUCCGUGCCGCUGCACCGGCACUACGAUGCAGGUUUGCCGGCCAACGUGAAUCCGUUCACACCGCCGGCAAUGUUUAUGCGCACCAAGAAGCGCACCCGCCAGGAGGGUGGUUUGGCAGGGCCGCUGGAAGGAGGCGACAGUUGCCAGACGACGGUCGGUUCCAAACUCACGCUGAACCAAAGCUUUCCGACCGUGUUUCCGUGCAACCGGAUCAACAGCAAAAGCCAAAGCCGCUGGACGUACGGUGGCGCAGCGUUGACACCGUUCGCCGGCCGUCAACCGCCCGGCAACGACUCGACCAACCACACACUGAAGGCGUUCAAUUUGGUCGAGGACGAGUGCGGCGAGUUCCGUCAAGCCCCGAAACGGCUUGCGCUACAGGACUCGAACAUUUCGCGCUACGACAAGGAGUUCAUCCAACUGGCGCUGCUGGGUGAGGGUGAGUUCGGGCAGGUCUACCAGUGUCUGAACCGACUCGAUGGCUGUAUUUACGCGAUCAAGAAGAGCAUCCGGCCGGUGGCGGGCAGCGCGUUCGAGAAGACGGCCCUGAACGAAGUGUAUGCGCACGCCGUGCUCGGUAAGCACGAUAACGUGGUGCGCUACUACUCGGCCUGGGCCGAGAACAACCACAUGCUGAUCCAGAACGAGUACUGCAACGGGGGAAGCCUGCAGACGGUGCUGCAGGAGCGCUGCCUGAAUGAGUCGGAACUGCGCACGCUGCUGCUGCACAUCGCCGAAGGGCUGAAGUACAUCCACUCCAACGAGCUGGUGCACAUGGACCUGAAGGCGGGCAACAUCUUCCUCUCGAAGACACCGCUCCGGGCGGCGGGCUGUUCCAUGGGAAGCUACGUAUCCGCGGCCACCGAUUACGCCGACGAUGGGUUCGAGGAUGUGUACGACGAUCUGGAGAACGAGUUCCUGGUGACGUACAAGAUCGGCGAUCUGGGCCACGUGACGUCGAUGAAUGAUCCGCAGGUGGAGGAGGGCGACUGUCGCUACAUGGCGAGAGAGAUUCUUCACGAGGACAACUCCAACCUUGCCAAGGCUGACAUCUUCUCGCUCGGCAUCACGUUGUACGAGGCGGGCGGUGGCGGUCCGCUGCCGAAGAACGGCACCGGCUGGCACCAGCUGCGCAACGGCCAGUUCCCCGAUCUGCCCGGCAUCGGGCGCGAGUUCAACGAUCUCAUCAAGAAGAUGAUGCACCCGAACCCGGAAAAGCGGCCCUCGUCUACGACGAUCUUCAACCAUCCGGUUCUUUCACCGAUCGACUCCAAAACCAAGGCCCAGCUGAAUCUCGAGCUAAGCAUGGAGCGGCAGAAGAACGAGGUGUUGCUGAGAAAGUUGAAGGAACAGGCCAAGCUGAUUAAAUCGAUCGAACAACAAUCAAACAGCACCACUGCAUCGAGCAUUCGCAAGUCGCGUGGCCAGGCAUCGUUGCACGAGCUAAAUACCUCCGAUCGGAAGCUGCGAUCGUAUUCGCGCAAGAAGCGCUCAACCAAUCUGCUGUCCGGGCGCCGGGGUAUCCGGGACAACAAUAAAUCAAAGGACUACUAG